UAUUUCAUGCAUAUUACAUUCCGACGUUAACCGGAAGUGACGUUUCGUUGACCGGAAGUGGCUUGUUCAUCGCCAUAAGUUGGGGAAUAUUCAGCUCUCCUAUACCUGAGGGCGCCAGUUGCUGACUUUUGACGGAUGACAGAUUCCGAGUCUUUGGAAGGGAGUCCAAAGAGAUCAUGGAAGGGACCAGAAAAGAUAAUUCCAGUUAAUUCCGAUGAUAUUUUACGGGAAAUGGAAACUCUUUGUUCACGGAAAGUCCAAAUGCCAUCUGCCAAAUUAUUGAUCUUUCAAUUAGGUUUGGUCAAGGACCAAGAAAAGAUUAAUAGGAUUGUUACAGAACAAUGCCAAAUUGCACAGGGGCGUAGGAAUUUUAAGUUCAUCCGUGAGGCCAAAAGUUAUGCAGAUAAUAUUCUAACGACCGAAUGUUUAAAAUCAUUGGAAUCAAUUUGGGGAAAGAGUAACCAACCUAUUAAAAAGGGAAACUCCUGUUUAUCAACAGACACUGGUAAUGACGUUUUUUCUAGUAGGGAUAUUCGCUUUUUGGGAAAUACUGUUAAAAGUGAACCGGUGGACUCUUUCAGUGUUGACUCUAAUGUUACCCCAGAUGAAGUUAUCCCAAAUCUUUUGGGUGAUGAAGAUGAUAUGGCAAAUGACUCACUAUUGAAUUUAGAACCCAAAGACUUGGGUGGAAAUCGUACAACUGAAUCAAUUUCAAAUGACUCACUUUUGGAUUUAGAACCCAAAGACCUGGGUGGAAUACAUACAACUGAAUCAAAUUUAGAUUUGGAACCCAAUCUGUUGGGCGGUGACGAAAGAGUGGAAACUGAAAUUAAUACAUCUGUUCCCAUUUUGGAUCUGGAACCCCAAUUUUUGGGUGAAGAGGAGAUGGUGGAAACUGAAAUUAAAGACUCUAUUGACAUCUCUUCUAGUCAAAUUAAUGAGACAAUACUACCUGUGAAAUUAGAAUCCAAUAUAUUGGAUGAAGCUAUGGAGGUUGACAUGAACAACAAUAUAAACUCAAACUCAAAUGUAAUAGUAAUCUCAGAUGAUGAAACCAGUCAAGAUCCACAACUUCUAAGAGAUAGGACAUUUAGACAGAGAGGACCCAAUACUUCAGUUCCAAACAAAGGGUCAAAGGUGCGUAUCAAUGACCAAUCGUGUCCACUGUCUUGUGGGGCUUUCAGAAAUCUUCGUCAACACGUCGAGUAUCAUCAUCUUCCAAAACAAUUUCAUCAAAAGAACAUGAACAAUUCCCAAAUGCAUAAUUUUAGGCUUGAAAGUUUGUUUUGGCUCGCGGAGAAAAUUGUUAGCAAACGUAGUAUUGUCAAACUCUAUCAUUAUUGUCAAAAAACAAUUUGGAUUUCCAGGAAUGUUCCUAUUACAGAUGAAGUGAAGGAGUGGUUGGAAUUAUGGAAAGAACUUGAAAAUUGGGAUUGUCCCAAACAUUUCCAGUUUAACCCAAUUAAUUCUUGGGCACUGGUUGGACAUUGGAGGAUCCUUUUAGAACUUAUCCAAACUCUGUCAGUUGAAGAUAGGCAUCAAUUUCGUAGAAACAUGCCAGACACUCUGGAACGUACUCUAACUGAAGGAAAAAGAACAGUGCAUUCUACAAACACAGACGACGCUGCAGUCCAACUUUCUACUCGUUCGUCUACAGUACAACCAAUUUCUGUAAACACUUCAACGGCACCGGUUCAACAAGUCAGUUCAGUGCCAACAAAUUCUGAAGCCAUGGACAACAAUUUUUGUGUUCAAGAAGAGAUUCCAGUGCCAACCAAACCUAAAGCCAUGGAUAGUCAUUUCCAUUUAGACCGCUCACUGUUCAAACUAAAUUUAAACAAGUUCAGCUCUACCCAAGAUUUGAUAAAUGUGUCUGUGGGUUCAAUUCCAAGAAAUGAAGUGGAAGUAGUAGGUGGAAUAGCCAAUUUUUGCGAUCCCAAACACUUUUUGGGAGAUUAUACACAUCUUGGGCAUGGUUUUUCAGCCUCGGUAGGAAUACAUCCACGGAACGUUUCAUCCAUUGACAGUUUACCGUCAAUUCUUUGUAAGUUAGAUCAACAAUUAAAACUUGCCAAUGUUGUGGCUUUGGGUGAAGUAGGAUUGGAUCAUACGGAACCAGAGGAGAAGUGGGAGAACCAAGAGAAGGUGUUGGUAGAAGUUUUAAGUUUGGUCUCAAUCCGGACUCCCGUGAUUCUACAUAUAAGAGAUCAAAGGGACAAAGAACCUGGAGAAUUAUACCGAAGAUGUUUGAAUCUCAUCAAAACUAGUGGGAACACUGCCAGAAAUCAACCUUUUCAUUUACACUGCUUUACUGGCACAACUGAGACCAUGAGAAGUUGGCUGUCGGAAUUUCCCAAUACUUAUUUUGGGUUUACUGGAAUGGUCUGGUUCUUUGACAAUUAUCAGCAAGCAGCACUGCAGAAAGUACCACAUAAUCGGUUAUUAAUUGAAACGGAUUCUCCAUAUCUGAAAAUGUCAAAAGCUGCUAGUAUGAACAAUCCCAAAUUCAUUGGGGAUGUAGCUGCUGAAAUAGCCAAAUGUCGGAACUCGACUGUAAAAGACAUAUGUAGCAUGACUAUGGAAAAUACCAGACGUUUAUACAAAUUAUAAACGACAAGGAGAUUGGAAGACAGAUAAUAAGCCAUAACUCAGAUUCGUUAAAUAACAUUCAAUUUCUUUGUACUAUAACCCAAUGGUUGGGUCAAACUUUUACAUUUUAUUGCAUACAGCUCCAUAAGUGUGUGGACAGUUAUGCAUGGUAAUUAGUAACCAAUUUUAUGUGAUAACCCAAUGGCUGGGUACUUUCCAAGUGAGUAAUACUCAGUUGACAUUCAUUUAUAUAUAUAUGUAGAUAUUUGUAAAUAUCAAACAUUUCAGUUAAUGGGGUAUCAUCCAAUGGUUGGGUGUUUUAAGUGAUCUUUUUAAUGAAAAUUUGGGAAGUUUUCACAAAUAAUAAUUUCCCAAUUGGUUGGGUAUAUUUUAGCUAUGUCAAAUUGACAUAAGGCUUAUUUACUAUUUUCAUAUAUCUAGACAGAUAAUGAAACAUCUGAAAAAAAUAGAAGGGGGAGGUGUGUUGUGAUCUGGGAACCAGUCACGUUAUUUAUUUAUGAUAACCAGUCUAGUAGAAGCUGAUGUGGGGAACCAGCUAGCAGGAAACAGACAGACUUUGACUGACCACGACUGAGACCUGACGGACUUAUUACUUCUUGACGAUCAUCUUAUAUCCAUCAUCAUCCGAUACAUAGAUUCGACGCUAGUGCUCAUCUUUAUCAGGUAUGUUUGUAUGGAUAUUAGUUAUUAUGUCGGGAUCACAAUAAUACCUUCUGCAUGUGAACAGUUUUACUGUUUCUGUUUGUAUGUAGGAAGUACUUUGUUUGCAGGAUUAUUUCAACAUAGAUGGAUGAAAUGUUCACUUGGCAAUGCUUUUAAGAGAAUGAUUUUUUUCUAAACUAACAAGCAAUAUGUGCAGUUUUGUUGAUAAAAUGUUUUGUUCCAGAAUUGUGAGGAGUAACCUAGCCUAUAUUACCUGAAGCUCACCCAAUAUGCAGUGUGUUCUGCUCUGUCAAUAACAAAUGAGAUGCCAUACACAGGGGAUCCGACAGAAGACAGCAGACAGAAUUCGUCGAUGUUUUUGAAAUGUCAUUGUUUAUUUGAAAAAAGUUACCUAUCCA